AUGAACGAUGUACAAAUUGGUGUGUUAGUGGCGAUGUGUGUGGUGUUCGUUGUCGUCGCCUCAGUGUUGUUCUUUCUGCUCCGGCUAUGGGGCUGCCGGCGCCGCACGGAUCGAAAGCGGGCGGACGCCGAUCCGCCCAAGGGAGGUGAGUACGUGCUGCACUUCAUUGACUUUUCAGGGACCCCGCGUUCUUUCGACGUUCGAGCAAUGGCCAUCACGGAUGCGAGGUCGCUACAGUCUGCCCUGGCGGAGGCAUGCGGGCUACCGGAUGAUACAUCUUUAACGCUGCUGUGUCCGAAUGGUAUGGGACAACAUGUGGAGAUGGACCUUAACCAGCUGGUCUUUCCCGACAAUCAGCUGGAAUCACGCAUGCGUCACACGGAGGAGCAGCCGCUGCUAUUAUCCCGAGAACUGAGCGAUCCCCAAUCCACCGGCACGGUGCGUCAACUGGUGGAACCCUCCCAGCAAAACUAUUAUAAUGGAAUUGAUGUGAGCUACACGCGUAGUAGUAGUUGCGUGAAAAACGCGGGCGACGUUUCGCAUGGACCAGAAACUACGGGGGAUGUGCCUUCUCCUAUCAUUUUGCCACUUUGUUCCCGAAUUGGUUCCGCCACGCCGGUAAGCAUCGCAGCGGUGCGGUACGUCGUGCAGGGCAGUGACACCUUACUUGACAAGGACGCUGCGGCUUUCGUUGAGGAGGCGAUGAUGGGCAGCACGAGGCGCACCGUGACACUCCCAUGCGGUGCUCGUGUCAUUGUGUUGCCUAGUGAACGUGCGGCAUGGCUGCUUGAUGAUUACGACAGAAACGUGGGGGUCCCAUUAAUUAGAGAAGCGGCGGAGGUCGUACAAUACAAUGUGGGCAACAUGGGUUCGGCACAGUGGCGCCCGUACAAGCACCCCAUUUUCCUUCCACCCGGGCGUUGGUGCAUCUGCGCAGAGUCCUCGACUGCCGAUCACCGAUUUGUUGAAACCGCCUCCCGCGUUUUUACUGUCGAUAUUGUGCCGCGGAAACGUUGA